CCCACCAGUCGCUUGUCUCUUCCUUUCCCUGCUAGCCCUUCCUGAUGACGGAGAGCCAGUUUUUACACAUCCAAAAACAGCAGCCCCGGUCCCAGAUGCUAACGAGCUCACACACUGAAAGAGAGCCACUGCCUGGAGGAGCUCGAGAGAGACUACUGGGGGAAUGUUCUGGAAGCCGGUCAUUAUGGCCACAAACGCCAUGACAUUCUCGGAAUAUUACCGAAAUUUCUAUAAUAGCAUUUCAGACUGUCAUAACAAACAAUGAUUGGAAAUCUACCUUUCACAACAUAUAAUCUUUCUGGCGGAUGUCAUGAACUAAGAUGUCACUGUGUGUCAGCCUUGACUUAACCUUGCCAUUUAUUUCAGCCUUUAGAAGGACUGCAGUUUGAAACACUAUAGGUGCUAUUAGAGUAGAUCAAUUAACUAGUUACCACGCUAAAAAUAUGUUUCAAACUAACAGCAGGGAUACAGUGUACUAGUAGUAAGUAUAUAAGUGGAGAUAUAUAUGUAUGAAGUGCCCAUGCUCUCUCAGUUAGGAUCUGCUUUCAACACUGGUUAUGGAGUGAAGACCCGUAACACAGGUUGCUAGGUUACUAGAGUAACACAGGUUGCUUGGUUACAUGGAUGUGUAAAGCUGGUGUUACUCUAGUAACACAGGUUACCAGGUUACAUGGAUGUGUAAAAGUGGUGUUACUCUAGUAACACAGGUUUAGCAGUGUCCUCCUUCGUAGUGCUCGCACAAAGAAGCAGCGCUUUAUCGUCCAGCGCCGGAGUGCAAUUUGCUUUUAAGUGGCGGAGAGGAUCGCUGUUUGCCAGCCAUUUCCUGUAAGCUUUAAUUAGACAUGGCCACCAUGUAAUUGUCUGAUGUCCUCGAGGUAUGCACCUGCUCCAGGGAUUCUCCUCACAAGUGUGCCCAGCCCCCCACAAAUCCGCCGUUCCGGUCGUUUGUUGGGCUAUGCUAAUGAACUAUUAGACGCAGCAAAUAGCACCAUGUCCGAGUUCCCUCAGGCAUACAAAUGAGAUGCAUUUCCCGUGUUCUUCCUUAUCGAAUGAGAAAUCAUAUCUGCACCACACAAACCAGCUGGACUGUCAACACAAACAGCUGUUGACACUCCAGUCGUUCACCGUCAUUAAGCGCGGGCAGUUGUUCCCGGGCCGCCGGCUGCAUGAACGUGUCACUCACGUUCACACCGAAGGCACACAACACCGUUCCCCACCACGAAACCCCACGCAGUUCCGCCCAUCGGACCAAACCACGUCCGGUCCUUUCGAGCCGGAGCCCCGGAUAAGUAACCGGACACCGUUUUGUUGGCAUGCGGGCCGCUUCCGAGCAGCAGGCUUGCGUGCGGGACAACAGUCGGGACAGGCUGUUUUCGCUGUCGGCCCCAUAAGGCGUGCAGCUGUCUUGGGAUAAAACGAAGCACACGUUUCAGCGGCCGCCCUCGUGCUGUCGUGACGUCAUCGCAGGGUUUAGGGUCAAAUCCCGACUGCGCGCGUCAGCUUCCUUUCCCACACAGAUCUGAAGCUCGGGGAGACUUUUGCAAACCCCGACUCUGCCAGUCGGAUUCUCUGUUUAGGUCUCGCAGCUUCCACCGACACAAAGUCCUAUGUUAAGCCAUUGCUGAUGGGUCAUUCAAUAUGGCCUCUUAAGUUUCACAGAGAAUGUGGCACCUGUUUAGUGCCCUCUACUGGUGCAAUGUAGCAUCGCACAACGGUUCAACAGUGUUGAGGAGGGUUUUUGUUUGGUUUUUAAUGCGCUCUGGAGAACCGAACAGUGUCGGCAAACGGCACUGGGGCAACGCUGAGAACGCGUCCCGGCCAGGAGCCUGCAGUCAGUGCACGGUAAACCCGACAGAACUGGAGUGCCCUCACUUGCACGAGCACCGACCUGGAGUUCGGCACUCAGAACUGCGCCACGACUCUGUUUGGCCCUGGUGGUGUGCCUCUGUUGAUUGUUCCGUGUCAUUUCCUGUCUGGGUAUCAGGCGCUGGUGCGACUUCCUCCCCAGAUAUCCCAGAGCGAGGAAGUCCUGCGCUUCUUUGAGACCAAACCAGACGACAUCAACCCUCCUGUAGAGGACUACGGCUCCAAGCGCAAAUCAGUCUGGAUGUAUGGCGUACAGGACAGUCCCACCAAAUCUCAGGCCGCAGGCCUGGACGGUGGGGAGCCCAUGGUGCUGGAGCAGUACGUGGCAGUGGCCAGCUACGAGCGGCAGGAGAACUCCGAGAUCAGCCUGCGCGCCGGAGAGACCGUGGACGUAAUCGAGAAGAGCGAGAGUGGCUGGUGGUUCGUCAGUACAGUGGAAGAACAAGGUUGGGUUCCAGCCACAUAUCUGGAUGCUCAGACAGGGACCAGAGACGAUUUAGACCUGGGCACUUCUAGAUCGGGAGAGGUCACUAAGCGGCGCAAGGCUCACCUGAAGAGGCUUGACCGGAGGUGGACACUGGGGGGCAUAGUCAACCGGCAGCAGAGUCGAGAGGAGAAGUACAUCAGCGUGCAGUCGUACGCCAGCCAGGGGAAGGACGAAAUUGGGUUUGAGAAGGGAGUAACCGUGGAGGUCAUUCAGAAGAACCUGGAGGGAUGGUGGUAUAUCAGGCACCUGGGCAAGGAGGGCUGGGCCCCGGCCUCGUAUCUGAAGAAGCUGAAGGACGACCUGUCCCCGAGGAAGAAGACCCUGACCGGUCCCGUGGAGAUCAUAGGCAACAUCAUGGAGAUCAGCAACCUGCUCAACAAGAAGGCCGUCAGCGAGAAGGACGUGCAGACGGACGGCGAGCCCACCACGCCGGAGCGCCACAUCUCCAAGAACGAGAUCAGCCUUCCCAUGCCUUGCCCCCCCGAAGGGUCCGAUCACGGCAUGACGGCCACCACCGCGGCAGGGGCGGGCCCGGGGCCCGGCCCCGGCACCGCCCUGCAGGACGGCAAAGGGAAACCGGAGCCCGGCUCACCCGCCAUUGCAAGGGUGGCUCCGCACCGCGUGGAAAUCGGCUUUGAAGCGAUAGGCUCUCCAAACCUCAGACAGAAACCUCCCCCUCGAAGAGAGACAAAUCUGGGAUUCCAGUUGCCAAAGCCUCCAGAGCCCCCUACUGUGGAAGCGGAGUACUACACCAUUGCAGAGUUUCAGUCCAACAUCUCAGAUGGCAUCAGCUUCCGUGGAGGACAAAAGGCUGAUGUGAUAGAGAAGAACUCUGGUGGAUGGUGGUACGUCCAGAUCGGGGACUUGGAGGGUUGGGCACCUUGUUCCUAUAUUGACAAGCGCAAGAAGCCCAACCUGAGCAGGAGAACCAGCACACUCACUCGUCCCAAGGUCCCGCCCCCGGCACCACCUGUCAAAAGGCAGGAUUCAGAGGACACGCCCUCCCUAAGCGGCAACGCCUCCAAAGCGCCAGAAUCCCCCAGCAGGCCCGUUUAUGAAGAGCCGGAGUACGACAUCCCCGCCAUCGGAUGCGACCUGGAUUUGGACGCGGAGCCUGUCAAAAAGGAACCGCGUCCUUGCGUGAAGAUCAAAAGCAGCAAGGCGGCAGCGGAAAGGAUCGCUCAGGCCACGGGCAAAGCCUCACCCCUGCUAACUGUGAAGACGUCCCCGUUACGGAACGAAGACUCCCUGGACAGCGUUGCCAAGGAGGAGGCCAUUUACGAGAACGACGGGCUCAGGUUCUCGUCUGAUGACUUUGCCAUCACCAGAGAGUGUGGUGGCGGGGACUCGGAUGCUCUGCGGAGCCGCACCCUGGGCCGGAAACCCCUGGGCAGAGGAAGGCCCCUCAGGGACCCACUGGACCUCAGCAGGAGUCAGUCUCUGAACCGGCCUGAGAAGGCCAGCUCCAGGUCGUCUUUGGAGGAACCGGGCCGCAAUCCCAAAAGAGAGCCCGUCAUGCGCAAGGACGUGGAGAUCCGGACCAACCAUAGUCCGUCGGCCCGGCCUAAGCCGGUGGUCCGCCCCAAGCCUCUCCUGACCAAGUCUGAUCCGCAGAGCCCAGAGCGGAUGGACAUCAGCAGCUUGCGGCGGCAGCUGCGUCCCACGGGCGCCGCGCGCCAUGCGGUGCUCCGCGCGGUGCGCGGCGGAGAGGACUCGGAAACGGCCUCGGUGGUGUCGUCUGAGGAUUCGGCCUCCUCCCGGAGCACCUCCGACCUCUCCAGCAUCUACUCCAAAGGCAGCCGAGGCGACUCUGAUCACGAGGGCUCCUUGUACCGCACCACGGACGCCUACGAACGGGCGCAGGAGUCCGAGCUGAGCUUCCCGGCCGGCGUGGAGGUGGAGGUGCUGGAGAAGCAAGAGAGUGGCUGGUGGUACGUGCGCCGGGGUGUGGAGGAGGGCUGGGUGCCCACGUUCUACCUGGAGCCCGUCAGGCAGCCCCCGGACGUGGGCGCGGCUGAGUGCCACGACGGACCCCUGACGGAGCUGAGCAACACCAGCAAGUCAAACAGCCUGGAGAAGAACGAACGGCGCGUGCAAGCCCUCAACAACCUCAACCAGCAGAACCUACGGCGGGCGGCCAACCCCAGCCCUCCCAUCCCCCUGAAACCGCCGGGAGGCUUCGGCAAACCGCCCACCCACCUCAACGGCUCGGGCGUGCGCAUGCGGAACGGCGUCCGCCAGGCGGCCGUGCGACCCCAGUCGGUGUUUGUGUCCACGCCGCAGCCAGCGAAGGACGCCGACGUGUACACGGGGUCCUUAAGGCGAAACGAGUCGCUGGGCGCUGCCGACCAUGUGAGGCCCGGCGGUGGCGGCGGCGUGCGCCGGAACUCCUCCUUCACCGCCGUGCGACCGCCGCCGCUGACCGACGUGCGCCUGAGGUCCGGGACCACCACAGCGGUCACAGCGGGGGGCUCCAGCCCCUUGAUCGCCCAGAGGAACGGAAUCCCCGUAUCCACCGUCAAGCCUAAACCUAUAGAGAAGCCCCAUCUCAUUCACAACAACCUGCGCGAGGUCUACGUCUCAAUUGCCGAUUACCGUGGAGAUGAGGAGACAAUGGGCUUCCCCGAAGGCACCAGUCUAGAGGUUCUAGAAAAGAACCCUAAUGGAUGGUGGUACUGCCAGGUUCUAGAUGGUCUACAAGGACGAAAAGGUUGGGUACCCUCCAACUAUCUGGAAAGGAAGAAAUAACCCCCACAAUCUCCCACCCCCCAGAAAAGAAUGUCAUUUCAAUGUUUCCUAAUAUGUACACUAUCAAACUCUAUGAGGAAGACUUUUUUUUGUAUCAAUCUGAAAAAAUGAGACACUUUAGUGCUGGUUUGCUAAGUAUAUGAGACUCUACGGAUGUUCAGCGAUGUGUAUGUGCAGUACGCAAGCGAGGAUAUAUUGUAGAGCAAAACUGGGGGUUGGCCAACCCAGUUUCUUUAGGAGAAGAAUCGGAGGAUACUGUCUCCAGUUAGAAACAAAAAGAACAUACUCUAGCUUUUACGGAAGGGUUUUACAUAAAUGACAGAAUAAUCCGGGCAAACGAUGAGAGAAAUUCCAGCCCGAAAUUUUAUGCCAAAUGGGUGCCUUUGUCCAUCGUUGACUGAAUGUUAAAAGGAAUCAUUUAAACACCAGUAAAUCAGUAUCAGUACCAAACUUAAACUUGGUGCCAUAGGCCUAUGAGUGCAGAAAUUGCCAAAAUUACUUUUGCUACAAAAUUACAGAGAGAAAUACACACACAAAGAGAUUAUUUCAGCAUAGGGGUGAAACAGAAAAUGAAUGAAACCUUUAAGCACUCAGAAACAACAGAAUGUAAGACAUCGGAUACGCAAAUAACAAAUGGCGUUGCCAUCGAGUGCAGUUAAAGAUUCAAAACACAUUUGAUUCUCUUAAUUUUUAACUUUUGCUCAGUUUUGUUUUGUUUGUUUUGUGUCUUGUACAUUGUCACGUCUUCCUUAGAGAUGUAUUUCUGCUUUCUUGUUACAUCCAUGCAACUCUUAUCGGCCUGGCAAAGGAAGUCCCUUCCUGACACUUCCUGUCAUGUGAUCUCGCAUUAGUUCUGACGUUUCUCAAAGGAGGGUCUCUCAUAAUUGGCUUUACUUUUCAUGCUCUCCACUUCCUUUCUGCCCCUCAGCCCCCUGCGCAUCUUCUCAGAAAGCUCCACCCACUCAAAUAAAGGAUGAUACGUGGCGCAAUUAUGUGUAGCUCAGAUUAAUAGAAAUUUGGACACACUACUACCAUUGGAUUUCAAUGCUUUAAAAAACCCCAAACAUUUUUACCUUGGCCAUUGGGGUAUUUUUUAAUUUUUAUUUAUUUUAUUUUUUACCCUGGCCUUUUUUCGUUUUGUUUUGUUUUGUUUUUACCCUGGCAAUUGGGGUAUUAAGCCCAAGCAAUGUUUUAGUUUACCAAGUGCAAAGAGUCUUGUUUCUGCCCAUAUCGCAAACAGGUUCAGAGAACAGGACUUUGUAUAUGCUGCUGCUCUAGGUAUGCUUAUUCUUAUUGCGCUUGCAGUGGAGUUUUGGAAAAUCAUUACUGGAAAAUAUGGCUUAAUAUUUGCCAAUCAAUCCCAGGGAAUUAGUUACACAGCAGUGAGCCCAAAAUGUGACCAAACCAAAGCAGAAUGCCAACACAUUUGCUAGUUUGUUUUUGUUCUAAUUUAGUAUUUAUUUGUGGGUACAAAGAAAUACGGUGUAUUCAGCGAACCCAAACGAGGUUUCAGAACUGAGCAAAAAUAGAUAUUUAAUUCCUAUAUCUGGAAGCACUUGAUUUUUUUUUUUUUACCCAAAGAAAAGCACAUUGAAAUGCAAAGUUAUUUUCAACUUAUUGUGAUAUUGCUGGGCAGUAUUGAAUUCAAAGUUGAAGUUACACAGUAUGCAGUUGAGCUUUAAGUUUAAUCUGAUAGUUUCUAGGUCAUUUUUCAAGAAAAAACAAAGAAACGAUCAUUGAAUUUCAAUUUCUCGUGCAUAACAAAAAUGGUUUAAUACAGCAAUUGGUCAUUAAUUUUUAUCCUACAAAUUUAUUAGUUCAGUUGUUUAGUCAGAAUGUCUUAAAACACUUACCCUCCCCCAAGUAUACGAGUAACUGAAAAAAAUCAUAUGGUAAUGAUCCGUGUCAAAAGGCUGAUGUUCAAGACUGCUGAAAUAUUUUUCUAAUGAACAGUGCCGAGGGAACUCUUAGCCGAGUCGAGCACUAACGUUUGUUUCUGUUUUUCUGCUGGACAGUAUUAUAGUAUUAAACAAAGUACCUGCUCGAUUGCAGUUAUAUUCUAUUAAGCAGUAGUUGUUUUUGUUUGUUGUUGUUGUUGUGUGAUCGCACAUGGGCAAUAAUGAUGAAUGGAGUGGGUUCAUUGGUUGAGUUGAUGCAUUUGAGUUUUUUCGUAAAGCAAAAAUGCAUCAAUUUAAAGAUGCAGUGAGCUUCAUCAGCACAUUAUUUAUUGAACAGAAAUGGUUCUUUUUUGUAUUUAUGGUUAUUUAAUGAUUUUUUUUAUAAAAUAUACAUCUACUUUUUCCUAAGUGUUUGUCACUGUCAGUCGUGCAGUGAUGUCGUCACCUGCAUUGGAGGCGCUUAGUCAGAAUCUGCUCAGUGGCUCCCUCUAGUGUCACAGAUUGGCUUUAAUUCUAGGUUAGUUUUGUGCCGCCACUGAGGCCGGCUAACUUUUUACAUUUGCAUUGGUGACAGUUUAAGUCAAAGAAUGUGUAGAAACCGAUCGUUUUGGAAUAAAUGCAGCUCAACGUUUAGUCCUGUAGAAUUUUACCUGACUUUUAUCUGACCGUGUUUCUUUGCACUUUUCCCCAAGGCUGAUUGCUGCACCUUUAGCCAGUAUGGACACUUCCUCUGUCAUUAUUGGACCCUCUAUAAUGCCUGAUUUUGAAGUUUGCAGUUUCACCUUGGUACACUCACUCCAGCUUUGCUCCCAGACAAAGUUAAAAUCCGGACGCUUAACCCCAAAGUCUCACAUAUCCACCUCAGGAUAACACAAUAACCCUUAAAUGCAUUUCUCUGAGUCAGAAUUAACCAAGGUGGACUGAUUAUGCAAAUAAGAUAUUUUUUUGCAAAAUAAAUAUUGAAUGUACACAAUCUGUACAGUUAUAUUUGAGUUACAUUCAUCCGGUUAUUCGGAGAUAUUUGUUUUGGGGACUACAGGUCUAUAUUAUAUCCCAUGGAGCAUUACCAGUCUUGUCAAGAGACUGGCAAGUGAGAAAGGUAAUUAAAAAGUGAUGUAUAAAAAGAGUUUGAGCCCUCCUUCGGUUUUCCGACCACUUGACGAAGGCAUUAUAGAAAUGUGUCGACUCACUCCAACAAUUCCAAUGGAUAUCGCUUUUGCCAAGUAAAUUCCAUUUACAUUUAAGCUUCAUUUUGUUUGCGUCUACCAUUUACAAGGGAAAUUGCAUCAUGCUCGGCCUUUUUUCACAUUGUGUACGUGUGUCAUCUAGCCUUCAAGCUUUGUCUUUUCCUUUUUUAUACACUUGCAGAAAUAUUGCGAUUUUUGAUUUUUUUUUUUAUCCCAGUGCAUUGACAUAACGCAAAUGUUAUGAGUAAAUGUGCAAUAGAGUAAUAGGCAUCUCAGCAAAUACAAAGAGUUGCAAUGUUGAAACAAACGUUUUUAAUGUUUGCUCAAGGACCUUCCUUUAUAAUGGCGGUUAUUUUCAGUUCAAGCUUAAGUCAUAUUUGUAGAAUUGUUUUCUUUCCUUUUUUUUUGAGGUUCAUUGAUUUUCAUGUUUUUAGCAGAUAUUUCAGCAUAGUCGGUUUUCAGAUUGAUUACACUGAAUGUCACAGUCCCCUUCAUAAAUGGACCCUGGUCCGUGCUAUCAAAACAUGCACGCAGACGUGCACACACACACACACACACACACACACACACACACACACACACACACUCUCACACACACACACACACACACACACACACACACACACACACACACACAGAGCUUUCGCCCAUGUAAUUGUACGUCUCCCCAAUGACCGAGUGACUCAAACAUCUGUGACGUUGUCAUCAUUUUGUCAUAUUGCCAUAGCAACAAUGGUGCCGUGACUACAUCUAAUGCAUUCUGACAUUCUGUCAUCAUGCCAUCAGGUCUUUAUUUCCCCCUUGUGCCAGUGGAGGAAAAGCCAAGAAAACCAAGCGCAACAUCGGUGUUUGUUGGAGUCCUCCCUGUACGCUGCCAAAGGUCCGAUAUACGCCACCCCUUCAGACUGUCUAACGACCCUGUCUGUAAAGCAGGACAUCGCGACCUGGCAUCCCAUACGGAAGGUUUGGGACUGCGCUCGUAGAGCUCCUCCUUAUCGGACGUGGCCUUAACAGCGCUUCUCUCGACCCGUUUGCAAACAAAGGGCCUCAUCUCCGUUCUCCACACACGUCUGAUCUCCUUAUGGCUCCCUCUCCCGCUAAAUCCGUGUGUAGAGGAGGUCUGUUCGCUUUAACCUGAGACCACCCCUUAGCUGUUAUAUGAGGGGUGUGUUUUUUUUUGGUUCUUGUUUCCCUUUGAAGAAUUGUAGCCUUUGUUUGAAGUGAAGAGAAUUUCAACAAAGUUUUUCUAUCUCUUGGAUGUUCUUCUUACCAGGGAAGCCAUUCGUGACAGUCUUAAGCCCUCCCUAUUUGAAAAGCCAGCCAAGUAAAACACAACUGAUGCAACACUCCUGCCAGCGGUCAACUGUUGUCUUGUACAUUCUCUCUCUCUGUGUUUCACUUGCUCAUACAGUCUUGACUUUCUCUUUCAUUCUUUAUUGCAGCAAACUGACUCUGAGGCAUGGCAAACCAUAAGCUCUGUAAUCUUUAACAGAGGAAUAGAACAGAGGCUAUUACCUACUGCAAGCUACACCCCCCCCCCCCCCUUCUCUCUCUCUCUCUCUCACACACACACACACACACACACACACACACACACACACACACACACACACACAUACUCCCCCUCUGUCUGCUCCUUACUGUUGACCUCAUGGGCAAAUUUUCAUCCAGCAGUAGCUGGCUUCAUAUUCUGGUAUGUUCUUCACGGUGUGUUCCAUCACCUUACCCGAGAGAGCAGUUCCAGCCAAAAAGUCACUGCCCCAAGAGACCGAGUGGUUUUUAUCCCAUUCUGUGCCUUAGGCUGAUCGUUCCCCUCAAGUGCUGGUUUUGGAUCAGAUUAGUUGUCACUUCUCACACUAAGCAUUAAUAGAACUUAAGAAUUUGCGCUGACCUCAAAUCAGCACUUGGGGCACUUUUUUUUUUUUUUUUUUUUUUUUUGCUCCAAUUGUGAGAGCAGCCAGAAUAGACUGUAAGUGUAACAAUCGGAGUUUGUGAGAGAGACUGCGUUGCGUGUGGGAGUGUUUGUGUUGAGAUGAUUCGCGUACUGGUGGGGUCAUGAGAAGAUACCUAGAGAAAGGUGAUAGAACGUUUGUUAGUAAUGCGCGGAGCCCACUGGGACUCAGUCAGGUAACGCGAGAUCGAGUCCGACAGCUGUAAUGGACUCGUUCGAACACAUUUGCCUGAAGAAAAAGGCCCUUAAGACAGGAGCUGUAACGGGUGUCAGAUCACCAGAAGAAAAAGGAAGUGCGGGCGAUGAUUAGUGCUUUGAGCCCUCUGCCUCGGAGUGGAUCCAUUAGCUGGGAGUGACGGUAGAAAUGGACGAAAGCCCACCUUUUCUUUUGACCCGUGCCCACUGUUCCUGAAGACGAUCCCCAGGCCAGCUUUCUGCAAGCACGCUGCUCAUUUUUUGUUUUGUGGCGGUAGACGCCUGUGUCCAUCGUCGGGGACAUCUGACGUCGUGCUCUGCUAGGCUGUCGACCCCCCUUUGUUGACAAAGCAGAUGUUUGGUGCGCUCAAGGCACUGUGAAGUCACAUUACCCCCGCAGUCAAUUCAUUGAUGUUAAAUCCCACCUCUCAGAGGUUUGCACCUUGAAUCCCAAUGACGGCUGUAUUGUAGAACUCUAGCCUGUGGAGCCCCAUGGAUAAGAACUUUGGACAGAUUGAUAGUGGCGGGUUAGUGCUGCCAUAACCUGACUUGGGUCUCCAGAAGGGUCCAGGGAGGUACGUAAAGACAGCUUAGCCGUAGGUGUGGUCUGGUGAGAUGCAUUGUGUUGUUGAGGACUUUCUGUAGGUUUUGUUUAGCUGAGCUCAGCGUGAGGGUGUAACUAAGCUUGACGUGAAGGGGCAAAGGCACUCAGCGUGCGGGCGCCCUGCGUUCUCGCGUUCUCCUCAGCGAGAACCAGUGAGGGAUGGGAACACACCGGCACUGUCACGCGACCCUUCGCUUGCUUCGCUUCUGCUGCUCUCUGACUCGCUGCUCUGACUUCAACAUUCUUCGCAUUAGGUAACGGUUAAAACGACCUCUCGAAAGCCAUCGAUCGCUGUGCGCUGUUGCAUCGAGUGUCACUCUGGCAACAGUAAACAUGCCAUCAAAAGUCGGGUUUAAUUGGGUAGGCUAAAGGCGGGAAUGCCGUAUUGCGGUCCUCGUGAACUCUUUCAGACUUUACUGCGUUGUCACAGGGUUGCGGUAGGGAGGUCUUUAGGUGGAGUCACGUGUUUAGAAAGGCCGAAGGUCUAAUGGAAAUGCCUGUGGUGUCCAGAGGUUCAUAACGCGAUGCUGUAAACCCUUCUUUUUGAAGGUCUCCAAAAAUGGUUAGGUUUUAUUAAAGUCACACCAAGUGCAGAGUUCAGGAGGAUAUUCUCGGUAUAAUUUGGAGAUUUUAAUUGCGAAGCACAAAACUUUCUUCAAAAACGCUUCCCAAAAUAAAACCAACAUUUUUAAUUGUUUCCUUUGAAAUUAAGCAACCUGCAGCUUUUCUAUUUGUUUUCAUCUUUCUUUUCUUUUUUCCCCUUUUUGUCUUGUUCAUGUUUACAUUGUAUCUUGCAUUGUCCUACAACACAAUAAAAUAUAUCAUCCUUUUUCUUUAAGCACA